AUGGGAAAAAAUAUAAAAGUUAUUGGAGUGGCAUUGGUUGCACUACUUCUUAUUGACCUAUGUGUUGCGAUUAGGGUCCCUAGAGGAGGUAUUGGUAAUGGAGGAGGGUCUGGAUAUGGAUCAGGGUCUGGUUAUGGUUCAGGGUAUGGUGAUGCAGGAGGUGGAGGGUAUGGGAGAGGUGGAGGAGGCGGUGGAGGGGGUGGUUCCGGGGGAGGUAGAGGUGGUUCAGGUUAUGGGUCUGGAUAUGGAUCAGGAUAUGGGUCUGGUGGAGGUCUAAGUGGCGGUGGAGGUGGUGGCGGCGGUAGAGGAGGAGGUGGCGGCGGUGGAGGCGGUCAUGGUGGUUCUGGUUAUGGAUCAGGCUAUGGUAGUGGAGGUGGCUCAGGAUAUGGAAGUGGUGGUGGUGGAAUGGGUGGUGGUGGAGGAGGUGGCGGUGGAGGAGGGGGAGGAGGAGGCGGCGGUGGCAAUGAUGGUGGCUCAGGAUAUGGCUCUGGCUAUGGGUCAGGUUAUGGAUCGGGUGGUUAUGAUAGCCGAUAUAAUUCUCCUUAA